AUGAACAACGCCGGGCUGUGGCCGGACUUAAUGCCCAGCAACGGGCAAACUUGGAUCGGAAGCCUUUAUCUAUUCAGAACGGGUAACCAACUACAAGGUACAGGACGUGGCACAGGAAAGCUACUUUGUGAAGAGUCCCAUAUUGCUCUUUACGCCCAGCUUGGACAAAGGGUUGCUGAAGCAGCAGACUACCUAAAGUCAUUAUGGGUCGUCAUCGCGAACCUCCGCACAAAUCAAGGCUGGGUUGAAGGCAGGCUGAAAAAGAAAAACACGAAUCUUAGGAAAAGACAACUGGAUGUUGAGAGCCGUCGAGAGCAUGAACGAUCGGGAAUUUGGACGAAUUAUAAAUAA